AAAUUUAAUAUUAUGCUGUUUAAUUAAAAUGUCGCCAACUAAUCAAGAAUAUCUUGUUUUCUUUCUUCAUAAAUAGCAUGAGAGAAUUGAGCACAGCUCUAAGUAUUUUGCUCCACUUUGUUGGUUAUCUAAAAUAAUAUUUCACAAAUAUAAUGAUAAAAAAUAAUAUUUCCCAGACUUACGAAAGCCUUUACCUUGGUUUAUGACUCUCUCAAGCUUUAUCGCAAUUGCUAUAAUAUACAGCCAAAAAAUUCUUUAUGAUGUGAUCAAAAUCAAGGUCGUUUUUCAUAUCAGUGCACAUUAGAUUAACAUAUAAAUCAAGAGAUCCAUCAAUUUGUGUCAGUCCAUCAUAAUAAGCGCUUCACUGCACAUGCUCUAAAAUGUUUCACUUCUCGAAGAACGUUCUGGUUUUUAUAGUUUCCUUGGCCCUGCCAUCCAGUUUAAUGGGGCAGUGCGAUGUCUGCCAAACUGAUGUUCCAGUUGCCUGCCACAGUGAAACCUCAUUUUCGAUCUGCCUAAAUGGCAUUCCGACAGAGGAUUAUAUAGAAUGUCCCACGGAUUAUCAUUGCACCGGGCAAAAAUAUAUAUGUUAUCCAAAAGCAAGCGGAACUACCAAUUGUGUAACUGGGUCAAGCACCACGCAAACUACCACCACAGAAGCCCCAUGGGAUCCAGACACAUUUUGUAAGGAAACUCAAAUGGGAGGCUGGUAUACAAAUAAAUUGGAUCCCACCUGUGCCACGUACGUGCAAUGCGAAAGUGACAGUAAUGGGUGGACUGCCCUAGUCCAGGAGUGUGGAACAGGAUUUUGGUUUAACGGAGACUACUGCGACAAUGAAAAACCAGAAAGUUGUACAUAAACAUUUUAUUACUUGCCUAUACUGUCUCACUCAUUUGGUUUCUCCUCUCCUCUAAUACUUUGAAAUAAAUAUAAAUAUUCUCUGUUCUGUUCACACUACAAAA